AGCCAGUGUCACUUCAAAUGCUGAGCUGAACGGUUCGUUCAAAAAACUAUCCACUUUUCAAGAAACACACUUCGACCGAUAUUUAUUUAAGGCACACAGUGCUACUGCUAUUGAACCGACCGAGACAACAGUAUUUCGUUGAGUGUACCGGUUUACUCUGUCGCACAAUCGCGUAGUGCGUUUGCGUGCUGUGUGAAACAAUGACUAUGUGAAUUGAACAAGGAACAAAAAAAGAAAGAACGAAAAACAGAAGAAACGCUGAAUCUGAAAAGUGGAGAAUAGUUGAAGUGGUAAAAUACGAAAUAGAAAUAGUACAAUUUUUAAUUACACACGAUACAGUCGACCAUAAAUGCGAUAGAGUGCGAAGCAAAUAGACAAAGUGUGAGUGUAUUUCAGUGAGGAGAAAUAUUUGAACGAGUAAAGAGCGAGCUAGAUUUUUUUUCUCACUCACAGUGCAUCUCGCUUUGAUUUCGGUACACACAUUUUUUUUCGCUCUACAUUUGCCCCGUUUUUCAAUAGUAGCGAAGUGCUUGUGUAUUUGACAUUUUUUUUUUUUGCUGGCCGCUUUUUCAUUGUGGUUGUUGUUGUUGCCAAUCAAUUGGUAUUGCGGCAACUGCGAUCGAAUAGACAUUUUUUUGUGCUCGCAUUUGAGAACACGAACAAAAUAAAAAAAGAGAGCAGAAAAACAGACUUUUGUCAGUGGGCAAAAAACCAUGCCGAAGACCGUGAAAGCCGUAAGUUUAUGAAACUGUCGCACAACCAAUGUACACUUUUCUUUGGUUCAUUUCUGAGAAUUUGAUUUUGAGUUUACGCGAGAAAAGAAAAAAAAUAAAUAAAUCGACCGCUUUCUUUUGUUUGCGACAACAUUUUUCGUUUGUGUUUCGGUUUUUUCUUGCCUUCUUCUGUUCAUUUUGACAUUUGGAAUGUGCAACACAUCACACUCCAACACUCUUUGGUUGUAAUAUACAGACAUGUAUGAAAUGGCAAAUACAAAGGAAAUGUUCGAAGACGAUGACUUGGAUGUAUCGUCCGGAUCAGAUUUUGAUGACGAUGAAGACCCCGAUAAAAUUGAAGUUCCUGGUGGUGGUCGAGACUUGGCCACGGCUGCCAGUUUCGGCAAGCAAACAACCCAGAGUAAUCCAUUAAUUAACAGUCAAUCAAAUAGCACAGCAAAAGCAACAACAUUCGAUUUAACAUCGAAUGCGAUUGGCACAGCAAGUAAUCAACCGCAGCCGGUGCUGAAACAUUUAAUACCGGCCGAAUCGAUUUUGAAACCAUUUCUGCCGAAAGUAAAUACAGCAUCGACCCGAGUUCAUCCACCAUCGACAACAACGAACAUCACAGCCGCAUCCAAUGCAGCGAUGGUAUACACAAAUGCAGCUGGCUAUGGAGCAGGCAUCAAAAUGCAAGCACCGCCGCAAGCGUUUGGAAUGCGAAGUGCAAGCGCUGCGAAUUCAUCGAUGCCAAUGAUGAAUGCAGCUGGCUUAGGAGGUUUAGGUUCAGUUUCAUCAUCACCAAGCCUCUAUUCCAUUAACAAUAUGGCCGCUUCGCUUUUAGCACAGAUGGAAAUGGGAGCCGGUGGUUUUGGUGGUCUUGGCGGAGCAAUGGGCGCGUUGAGCGGAGGCUCAAUGAGCAAUCCCAACGUUGUGCAAACAUAUCAAGCAAUGUUACAGAAUAUUCAGAAGCUACUAGCAUACAAUCCAGACUUUUUAACAAAAGGUAUUCCCAACAAUUUACUACAAAUGUGCAUGGAACAAACACAAAAGCCAACGAUGUAUGGGCAACCACAACUGGUCCAACCAGAAGAAGAUGAGGCUGAAGAAGAAGAAAUGGGUGUAGCAGAAACGUACGCUGACUACUGGCCUGCCAAAUUGAAAUUGGGUAAAAAACAUCCCGAUCCAGUUGUUGAAACGGCUUCACUGUCAUCGGUUGAACCGGCCGAUGUGACAUAUAAAGUAGCUAUUCCCAACGAUCCAACCAUCGACAAAGGUCUACUCAGUGCGCUGCAGCUCGAAUCAAUCACAUAUGCAUCGCAAGCACACGAACAACUUCUGCCCGAUGGAAACAGAGCUGGAUUUUUGAUCGGCGACGGUGCUGGUGUUGGUAAAGGCAGAACAAUUGCCGGAAUUAUUUUCGAAAAUUAUUUGCGCGGACGCAAAAAGGCCAUCUGGAUCUCCGUGUCAAAUGACCUAAAAUACGACGCUGAACGUGAUUUACGAGAUAUUGGUGCUAGCAAUAUUGUAGUUUAUCCAUUGAAUAAGUUAAAAUACGCAAAAAUCAAUUCGACUGUGAAUGGGAAUGUGAAGAAGGGUGUGAUUUUCAGCACGUAUUCGGCGUUAAUCAGUGAAUCGACUGGAAAUAAUAACAAAUACAAAUCUCGACUCAAGCAACUAUUGCAAUGGUGUGGAUCAGAUUUCGACGGGUGCAUUGUGUUCGACGAAUGUCAUAAGGCGAAAAAUCUGUGCCCAACUGGAUCCAGUAAGCCAACAAAAACCGGUCUAACAGCACUUGAACUACAAAAUCGUUUGCCAAAAGCGCGUGUUGUCUAUGCAUCAGCUACAGGAGCAUCAGAACCACGAAAUAUGGCGUACAUGGUUCGAUUAGGAUUGUGGGGUCAAGGCACUCCAUUCGCUACGUUCAACGAAUUUAUUACUGCUGUUGAAAAACGUGGUGUUGGCGCCAUGGAAAUCGUUGCUAUGGACAUGAAACUGCGAGGCAUGUACAUCGCCCGGCAGCUCAGUUUCCACGGUGUCACUUUCAAUAUUGAAGAGGUGCCACUAUCCGGCAGCUUCAGAAAGUCUUACGAUGAAUCAGUGGAAUUGUGGGUGGAAGCGAUGCAAAAGUUCACCGAGGCGGCUGAACUGAUCGACGCGGAGAGUCGAAUGAAGAAAACGAUGUGGGGUCAAUUCUGGAGCGCUCAUCAGCGUUUCUUCAAAUACUUAUGUAUCGCUAGUAAGGUUGAGCAUGCGGUGAAGGUGGCCCGAGAGUCGAUCAAAAUGGGCAAGUGUGUUGUGAUUGGUUUGCAGUCGACGGGAGAGGCUAGAACACUCGAACAACUGGAACGUGAAGAUGGUGAAUUAUCCGAUUUUGUGUCGACCGCUAAGGGUGUAUUCCAGUCAUUGGUGGAAAAGCAUUUCCCGGCCCCGGAUCGAAAUCGUAUCAAUCGAUUGCUUGGUUUGGAUGUCACUAAGAAAACGGUUCUUCAAACAAUUUUGGACGAGAAAAAAACGGCAGCAUCGUCAUCUGGUUCAAAGCGUAAGCAGUCCACCGUGCAGCUCAGUGGUCGCAAGCGAAAGAAGCGAAAUAAUUCAGAUGAAGUGAGUGGCGGUGAGUUUUCAGACGAUGCCAACGAUAUGUCUGACGAUUCAGACUUCAAGAAUAACACCGAUUCCGAAAGUGAAGACGAUGACGAAGAGCCCGACGACGAGCAAUAUGACAGCAACCAAAGUGAUGAUUUCAAUCCAUUUGGUGGCGGUGACGACAGUGAUUCGGACACCGAUCCUUGGGUGGCUCGUAGCAAAAAAACGAAACCAGUGAAAAAGACAAAUGCACAGCCGAAGAAGAAGCCACAGUCCACACAAGACAAAAUCCAAGAACUGAUCACGAAAAAACAAACAGUAAAAGCCGCAACUGCAUCGUCAAGCACAAAUAGCGUACAACCAACUCCCAUCGGAAUCGGAACAAAUGGAUUCCAGAUGAACUAUGGUCCGCCGCCAAAAGAUGCGAUCGAAAGAGCGUGCGAAUUGAAAGAGGAAUUGCUCAAAAAGAUUGAAAAAUUGGGCGAUCGAUUGCCGCCGAACACACUCGAUCAGUUGAUCGAUGAGCUGGGCGGGCCGGAGAAUGUGGCCGAGAUGACUGGACGCAAAGGGAGAGUCAUACAGACUGAAGACGGACAAAUUCAAUACGAAUCACGAUCCGAACAAGAUAUUCCAUUGGAAACGUUGAAUCUAACGGAAAAGCAACGGUUUAUGGACGGUGAAAAAGAUGUGGCCAUCAUUUCGGAGGCAGCAUCAAGUGGUAUAUCGUUGCAAAGUGACCGACGGGUACGCAAUCAAAGGCGUAGAGUACACAUUACCUUGGAGCUGCCAUGGUCAGCCGAUCGAGCUAUUCAACAGUUUGGUAGAACACAUCGUUCGAAUCAGGUGAAUGCACCUGAAUACAAAUUCUUAGUAUCAGAUAUUGCGGGUGAACGACGAUUCGCAUCGACAGUGGCUAAGCGAUUAGAAUCACUUGGCGCUUUGACUCACGGCGAUCGUAGAGCUACUGAAACACGUGAUUUAUCACAGUUCAACAUUGAUAAUAAGUAUGGACGCAGCGCACUGGAGUCAAUCAUGAAAAGUAUCAUGGGCUAUGAACAACCGCUGGUCCAACCGCCUAAGGACUACAAAGGUGACUUCUUUAAGGAUAUUGCCGGCGCACUGGUCGGUGUUGGUUUUAUUGUUAAUAGCGAAGCAACGCCCGGCGUUUUAAGUCUAGAUAAGGAUUAUAACAACAUAUCGAAGUUCCUCAAUCGCAUUCUUGGAAUGCCAGUCGAAUUACAAAAUCGCUUGUUCAAAUACUUUACGGACACAUUAAAUGCCACCAUCUCAUCGGCCAAGAAGAGUGGACGAUUCGAUUUGGGCAUUUUAGAUCUUGGUAAAUCCGAGAGUGUGAACCGCAUAAAAUUGAUUCGUUUCCUUCGGAAGCACGCCACGGGAGUGUCUCCAAUUGAACUGCACACAGUGCACGUUGAACGAGGAAUGAUUUGGCAAGAGGCGAUUGAUAUUUGGGCCGAUUUAUCGAGUGAAAAAGAAGGUUUCUAUCUGUCGCAUCAGAAUCGAAAUGGCAAACAAACGCCCGUACUGGCUGUAAUGAUCGAUAACGAGCGUUCGGGUGGUUCAUCGAGCUCAAGUAAAAAGAAGAGUGACAAAUCGCCCAGCAAGAAGGAUGUAAUGUUCAAAAUCUAUCGUCCGAAUACGGGUUUGCAAUUCCGUCACGAGUCAUUGGCCGAAAUCGAGAAAAAAUACAAGAAGGUGCAAAGUGAUGAGGCCGAACCACACUGGAAUCAACUGUACGAUUCAUCGGUGCAGACGUGUUCGCAUGCAUAUUGGCGGGGCAAUUGUCGUAACGUGUCGUCUGGAGUCGAGUGUGAAGUUGGAUUACGUCGUCGAACGUACACCGUGCUGUCCGGAUCAGUAUUGGCGGUUUGGCAGCGGGUUGAAACCCAAUUGGCCGCACGUGUGUCCAGUAACAAUCGCAUGCAAGUGAUUCGCUUGAAAACGUCCGAUGGCAAUAAAAUCGUUGGAAUUCUGGUGCCGAAAAUUUGCGUCGAAAGCCUAAUCGCUGACCUCAAACGUGAUGCCGAAAAAGUUGAAGAGAAAACAUUCACCUAUUAAUUCCUGAAUUAUGAUUUGAUUUUUAUUUUUUUUGGAUUAAGAGAAAAGAGAAAGAAGACGAAUUUUGCAAACAAAUUCGAUUGUUUACGCUUACAAAAAAAAAACAAAAGACAUAGAAACAUGGUUUUGAGAACUGAUAUUUCCGAACAAUUGGAAUGGUUUUUUUUCUUUGGUUACGACACAUGAAAAGCACAGUUUUUUUUUCUUGAAUUUAAUGACAACGCAUAAAAAACCAAAAUAUCCAAUUAGACGCUCAUUUUUUUUUUUAAAAUUGAUAAAGAAGAGAGACAUAAACCCAGUUUCUAUGUGUUUAUCAUUAAAUAAGUGAAGAAAAGAGAAGAAAAAAAUUAAGUAAACUAAUUUAAUGCUGUGUUCAAUUAGAAAGAAAAAUACAUGAACAUAUGAAUUCAUAUGAAUCGACGUAAAAAAUAUUUCAAAAGAUGAUCGAACAUGUGGUCCUUUUGCAAAUUGCUAGUCAAAACGUAGAUUUUGAUAUAAACUGUUUCUUCUUUUUUCGGAAUUACUCUUUCGGUCAUGAAACCAUUAUCCCAUCGCAACAUUUCAAGGUGUCAAUUCCCAUUCUACCGACUUCAAAAUUUCUAACAUUAAAAAACUGAUUAAUUGAUUUUUCAAA